AUGUUUUUUGUAUAUGGCUAUGGAGGUACUGGUAAAACUUUCAUAUGGAAGACAUUGUCUGCAGGGAUUCGUUCGAAGGGUGAUAUUGUUUUGAAUGUCGCUUCCAGUGGAAUAGCUUCUUUAUUAUUGCCCGGUGGUAGAACGGCCCAUUCCCGCUUUAAGAUUCCUAUCAAUGUGAAUGAAGAUUCGAUGUGCAAUAUAAAACCAGGGAGUGCACUUGCUGAGCUCAUUUUGAGAGCUAAACUUAUUAUAUGGGAUGAAGCUCCAAUGAUCCAUAAACAUUGUAUAGAAGCCGUGGAUAGGAGUUUCAGAGAUAUUAUGCGUGGAUGUAAUGAGUUUAGUAUGGACCAACCUUUUGGUGGAAAAACUGUAGUUUUUGGUGGUGACUUUAGACAAAUUUUACCAGUUAUUCCUAAUGGUACAAGGCAAGACGUUGUCAAUGCUACCGUUAACUCUUCUUAUCUUUGGAGGAGUUGUCGAGUUUAUUUGAGCUCUGAUAGUAUAUCAAACUCUGAUUUGACAUCAAAUGGCUUUGCUGAGAUUCAUACAGUUGAAUUUUUGAAUAAUUUGAAAUGUUCAGGUACUCCUAAUCAUGAAUUGUUGCUGAAAGUUGGUACUCCAGUGAUGUUGUUAAGGAACAUAGAUCCUUCUAAUGGUUUGUGUAAUGGCACCCGAUUGAUUAUUACACGUUUAGGUGACUAUGUUUUGGAGGGACAAGUAUUGGCUGGUCAUAAUGUUGGUCUUAAGGUGUUGAUUCCUCGAAUGACUUUAAUACCAUCUGAUCCAUCGUUGCCAUUCAAAUUCCAACGACGACAAUUUCCAUUAACUGUGUCUUAUGCAAUGACUAUUAACAAAAGUCAAGGUCAAUCGCUUUCACAUGUUGGAUUGUUUCUGAAAAAGCCCGUCUUCAGUCAUGGACAACUGUAUGUUGCUGUAUCAAGAGUCACAAGUCGUGAUGGUUUGAAGAUAUUAGUUUGUAAAGAUGAUAUUGAUAGGAGUGAAGAUUCUACUAUUAAUGUUGUUUACAAAGAAGUUUUUCAAAAUUUAUAA